AUGCCUCUGUGGGUUGGCAGAGGAGAUGGACGAGCAGUUGGGAGCUUCUUUCUCCCACUCAGCGCUUCGAUCUUCUUCGUGUUGCUGGUCGCAGUCGCAGCAAUUCCUGAGGAACCAGUUGUCAUCAAGGAAGAAGCUCCCGUCGAGAAAGCAGCCAGUCUCCAUCCCUUGCGGCACGCUGUCAAGGAGGAUGACCCUGGCAAAGGCAACCUGGGAUUCAUCCACGCCUUUGUGGCCUCCAUUUCUGUCAUCAUCGUGUCCGAGCUGGGCGACAAGACCUUCUUCAUCGCCGCCAUCAUGGCCAUGCGGUACAACCGGCUCACCGUGUUAGCUGGUGCAAUGCUGGCCCUGGGGCUCAUGACAUGCUUGUCAGUGCUCUUCGGCUACGCCACUACUAUCAUCCCCAGAAUUUACACUUACUAUGUGUCCACUGGCCUCUUUGCCAUUUUUGGUGUGCGCAUGCUCCGCGAGGGCUUAAAAAUGAGUCCUGACGAAGGCCAGGAGGAGCUGGAGGAAGUCCAGGCUGAAAUCAAGAAGAAGGAUGAAGAGCUGCAACGUUCCAAAAUGGCCAAUGGCACGCCAGACUUGGAGGCUGGGACCGGCUCCCCAUCGCCGCCAUCAUCCAGGUGGCACAGCAUCAUCUCGCCCAUUUUUAUCCAGGCCCUCACCCUCACCUUUCUCGCUGAGUGGGGCGACCGCUCCCAGCUCACCACUAUCAUCCUUGCUGCACGAGAGGAUCCUUUUGGCGUGGCUGUGGGAGGCACACUGGGACAUGGCUUGUGUACGGGCUUGGCUGUGAUUGGAGGCAGGAUGAUUGCCCAGAAAAUAUCCGUCAGAACAGUCACAAUCAUUGGUGGAAUCGUCUUCCUGGCUUUUGCCUUCUCCGCCCUCUUCAUUAAGCCUGACGCUGGACUGUAA